AUGUAAAUUCUCAAACCAACAAUAAUCAAAUCAAAUUGUCACAAAAUUCAUAUCAAUUUAGGAUUAGAAUCAUACUUAUUCUCCAACUCCUUUAUUUCGUCUCCGAUUCUGUACUUAUGGUAGAAUGACAAAACCAUAGUAAUUGGCAGACAUCAGAAUCCCUGGAAAGAAUGUAAUUUAUAAUUAAUGUAAAAAAACUCUGUUUGGUUGUAAAGAAGAUCAAGUGGAGGAGGAGCUGUAUAUUAGGACUUAGGAAAUCAUUGCUUUACUUUUUUAAACACCUUCACCAAUUAGGAUCCAAAAACUAUUAACAAUGAUAUACUCAUAAAUGCAUUACUAAAUUUAGGCAUUGAAGCCUAGCCAUCUGGAAGAAAUGAUAUAGUGGUGGGAGAAAAGAAGGUUUCAGGAUCUGCAUAUCAGUUGUCCUUAGGAACAAAGAUCAAUCCAAAUAAGAUCGCAUUACAUCAUGGAACUAUGUUGAUCGACGUUGAUUAGAAUGCCUUAUCGCAAUAUUUGACACCUUCAAAGAAGAAAUUAGAAAGCAAAGGCAUUGAUUCUGUUAAAUCUAGAGUUACUAAUCUGAAAGAAAUAAAAAGCACUAUCACAGUCAAAUAAUAUGAAGAUGAAUUGAUUAAAGAGUUUAUUAAGAAAUACAAUGAUGUUGAAUUUAAGGAAUUUAAUUCCGAUUAGCUACUGAAUAUUGAAGAAGUAAAGAAAGAAUCAGAAAGGUUAUCAUCUUGGGAGUGGCUAUAUCAAUAUACUCCUUAAUUCACAGUUAAUUUAGAAGAGAAACUAAAAUUUGGAAUGUUCGAUGUUUAUUUUUAAGUUGAAUCAAGCAUUAUAUAAGACGGUAGAGUCUUUACUGAUUGUCUUUAUCCAGAUUACAUUACUAAAUUGAAUUAAGUAAUUCGUAACAAGAAAUAUGAUUUUGAUGGGAUCAAAGAAAUAUUUAAUGAAAUGAGAAUUAUAUUCCCAUAAUAGAAUGAACUAUCAACAGAAUUAGAAGAAUGGUUAUUGAAAGCAAUAUGA